ACGUUAAUCAUUACAGUCGUUAUUGCAAUCUCGUGGCGGCAACUCGCUCUGUCUAUAUUUAAUAUUUAAAAAAAAGCCCUUAAGAACUUUUAUUUUGAAUAUCGAAUUGAGUUUAAAUUUAAAUGUAGCUGGAAACAAAUUCUAUUUUUAUAACACGAUAAAGUUUUUGUCAGAGAAGUUUUUAUUUUAAAUUUAGUUUUUUGUGUGUUUUGGAAAGAGGUAGGUCUCGUUUUAUUUGGGAGCAGACUCCGAGACUGGGUUCGAACAUCACAAGCAAAUACAACAUGGCGAACUCGCAACUCCCACUCGGUCCGGAGAUUCCUCGGUUCUACGCAGGGCGAUCCGUUUUUAUCACUGGAGCAACUGGUUUUAUGGGAAAGGUUUUGAUAGAGCGUUUAUUAUCAACGUGUCCAGAAAUCGGUCGGCUGUAUCUCCUAAUGAGGGCCAAACGAGAUGUCAUGCCUGAAAAACGUCUGUUGCAUUUAAAACAAUCUCAGAUAUUUGAGAAUAUUCGUCGCACCAAUCCUGCGCAAUUGGACAAAAUCCACAUGAUUGCCGGGGAUGUCUCUGUGCCUCAGCUGGGUAUUUCACUCGAAUCUCUCGCGUUAUUAAAUGAGGUGUCAAUAGUGUUUCACUCGGCAGCCACCCUCAAGUUCGACGAGGAGCUUCGGAAGGCCGUGGACCAGAAUGUUCGCUCUGUCAUGAGAUUGAUGGACAUCUGUGACCGGCUGCCGAAUGUUGAGGCAUUCAUCCACGUGUCAACAGCGUACAGCAACGCGGAACGAGACGCCAUAGAGGAGCGCAUUUACCCUGCGCCUGCGCCGCUCGACCAGCUGCUGGCGCUAGUGGACGCCGCCCCACCGCAGCUGCUCACUGAGAUUACUAACAAGUACAUCUCACCAAAACCCAACACCUACACAUUCACAAAAGCAAUAGCAGAAAAUGUGGUCCAGCAGCAUGGAAACCAAGGUUACUCUGUCGCCAUCUUCAGACCUACUAUUGUGGUAUCCUCCCUCCGAACUCCGUACCCUGGGUGGAUAGAGAACCUGAAUGGACCCAGCGGCGUCAUAGUCGGCGCUGGCAAAGGGAUCCUCCACGUCUUCGCCUGCAAGUCCUCCGCCAGGGCUGACAUGCUGCCUGUUGACAUUGCUAUUGACACCCUCAUUGCUGUGGCUUGGGAGACUGCUGUUGACAAGUCACAAGAAGUCCGCGUAUACAACUGCAGUACGUACGACAACCCGACCACGUGGGGCGAGUUCGAGAGGAACCUGCGAGAGAACGUGCGCGCGCACCCGCUGGACAAGGCACUGUGGUACCCCACGGGGUAUACUACUGAGAACAGAUUUAUGGAGAAGGUUCUAGAGCUUUUAUUUCAAACAUUACCACUGUACACCGCCGAAUACGGAGCACGGUUACUUGGUAUUAAGACUCGGUUAAGCCUAAUAACAGCAGACCAGCGCAUCAGAGCGAUGAAUAAAGUCCUCAAGUUCUUCUCCAUGAAGGAGUUCCGCUUCGAGACUGGAAACGUACGCCGGCUGCGCGCGCGCUUGUCGCCAGCCGACGCUAAGAUCUACAACUUGGAUGUGCAGACUAUUAAUUGGGAUGAUCACUACAGAAAUUUCGUGAAAGGCACUCGAAGAUACCUCCUUGGGGAGAAAGACCAAGACCUCCAGGAAGCCAAGCGCCAUAUCACCAGAAUGCGUUUUCUCCACAAUGCAGUGGUACUCUUCACAGUAGUUGGGUUCAUAAGAUUACUUCUGCGCCACCCUGUCAUAAAGGAGAUUGUUUAUGGAUUUUUUGCUUUAUUGAUGUCUCUCUUACACUCAGCGUAUAUGCGUGUUACAGCGCAAUGAUUCUUUUGUUUUAAAAAGUUUUUUUUAAGUGCAACGGAAUAAUUGUGAAAUGUGUGUAUGGAGGCGCUCUGUUGAUGAUUCAGACUAUGAUUCUGAGUUGAUAUCAAGUGGAAUUUCCUGCCGGAAACUUCAAGAGACUUUUAGUGGUUUUUAAUAUUAUUUUUCGUUUCAUACUUUUGGCGACGGAAAAUUCGAUAUCAACUCAGUAUCACGGUCUGAAUCAUCCCUUAAAGAUUUCGUUACGAUGUCACUAAUACCCUGUAUAAUACCCAUUUCACGUAGUACAUCAGAACUUGUCAUUUGCAAAUUGAGACAAGAAUGUAAAAUUUUCGCGCGCGAAUUGAAGCCGACUAAUUAAAAAGAUCGCAUCGCGCCGGUAGGGAGGUCCCUUAUUACUUAUUACAUUCUGUUGUGAUUCUUAUGGUGCUAGGAAUAACAAAAAAAACUUUAAUAAUAAAUACUUUAAAAAAAAAACUUUAACAUUUGUGAAAUUAAAUUAUUUCGUAACAUACGGUUUCAAGGCACAACAAGAUAUUACGACAAAAUUAUAUUUUACUUGUAUAAUUUAAAUUAGGACUUAAGUGAUAGGUGCUGUAGCAAAUUAGGAAAAUAUUUAAAUAAGAAGGAAUGUGUUAUAAAUAAAAAUAAACUGUUAUUUAGUAUAUGGUUUAAAUGUUUAAA